UAUCAUUCAAUCGAUUCAUUCCAUUACUGACUGCGAACAGACCACAAGUUAAAUCUGCCCUUUUGAUAUCUGAAAACCCUACCUUUCUCUUUCAAUUUCAAUGGACUCUCUAGAGCCUGCCGUGAAUCCCCAAUUCCAAGCUUUAGAUCCUUCUCAGCCACCUCCACCUCUAUCCCUAGAUUUCCAGUAUCAAAGUCCUCCUCCUCCUCCACCUCCAUUAGAAGAACCUCAAGUUUCCGGUCCCCAAAACCCAGACAAAACCCCAACUCUAAAUCUCCCAAAUGUAUCCGACAAUGGACAUAAUCAGCAGAUCGCCCAGGAGAACAUUCCAAAACUCGAAAUCCCAAAACCCUUGCUGUCUGAAAAUGGUCUCACCAAUACUUACAGUGGCGACAGGGACUACUCGGGCGGCGAAGAGGAGACCUCGAGCCGUCGACGUCGACGCAGCCGAUGGGAUCCACCAGCUGAUUCAACCGCUAACAAUCAGUCCUCGGACACCAGCAACAAUGAUACGGGUAGCGGCACCCGCAAGAGAAAAUCGCGAUGGGCUGACGAUGAGCCCAAGCCAGGACCAGUGAUUCAGCUUCCCGAUUUUAUGAAAGAUUUUACCGGAGGUAUUGAGUUUGAUCCAGAAAUUCAGGCUUUGAAUGCUAGGCUCCUGGAGAUUAGUCGAAUGCUGCAAUCUGGUUUACCCCUCGAUGAUAGACCUGAGGGAGCUAGGUCUCCUUCUCCAGAACCAAUUUAUGAUAAUAUGGGAAUUAGAAUUAAUACUAGAGAGUAUAGGGCAAGAGAGAGACUGAAUAAGGAGAGGCAAGAGAUCAUAUCUCAGAUUAUCAAGAGAAACCCUGCCUUUAAGCCUCCUGCUGAUUACAGGCCCCCCAAACUUCAAAAGAAGCUUUAUAUACCCAUGAAGGAAUACCCAGGUUAUAAUUUUAUUGGAUUGAUAAUUGGGCCAAGAGGGAAUACACAGAAGAGAAUGGAGAGAGAAACAGGAGCCAAAAUUGUGAUUCGAGGUAAAGGGUCCGUGAAAGAGGGAAGACUGCAGCAAAAGAGGGAUUUGAAGCCGGACCCAUCAGAAAAUGAAGAUUUGCAUGUUUUAGUCGAGGCAGAAACACAAGAGGCACUGGAUGCUGCUGCAGGAAUGGUGGAGAAGUUGUUGCAGCCUGUAGAUGAGGUCUUGAAUGAGCAUAAGAGGCAGCAGCUUCGGGAACUUGCUGCUCUGAAUGGUACAAUUAGGGAUGAGGAAUAUUGUAGGUUGUGUGGUGAGCCAGGGCAUAGGCAGUAUGCAUGUCCUUCACGUACUACUACAUUUAAAAGUGAUGUACUUUGUAAGAUUUGUGGCGAUGGUGGACAUCCUACUAUUGAUUGUCCUGUGAAGGGAACAACAGGGAAGAAAAUGGAUGAUGAAUAUCAGAACUUUUUGGCUGAGCUAGGAGGGACUAUGCCAGAAUCAUCAACUAAGCAAACGGCUACCUUGGCUUUGGGUCCAGGUAGUUCUGGAAGCAAUCCUCCCUGGGCUAGUAACACUGGUGGUCUUGGUAGUGCAAAUCAACCAGGAUUAGGAGCAAAUGGAGUUAAGCCUAUUAAGGAGUAUGACGAUACCAAUUUGUAUAUAGGUUACUUGCCACCUAACCUGGAUGAUGAUGGUUUAAUUGGAUUGUUUUCACCUUUUGGUGAUAUUGUGAUGGCCAAGGUCAUUAAGGAUCGAGUUACUGGAUUGAGCAAAGGUUAUGGUUUUGUGAAAUAUCGCGAUGUCCAAAUGGCUAAUACUGCAAUUGCGAGCAUGAAUGGCUAUCGUAUAGAUGGUCGAACCAUUGCUGUGAGAGUCGCUGGUAAGCCACCUCAGCCUCCUGUUCCGCCAGGCCCUCCUUCAUCCACUGUGCCAACAUAUCCUCUUUCAUCUCAGCCAGUUGGUGCCUAUCCGUCACAGCAGUUUACACCAGGUGGUCCUCUUCCAAAUGCGCCACCUACUGGCUUUGCAGCUGCUCCUGCGAGCUAUGCUGGAACUCCAGUUCCAUGGGGACCUCAUGUACCUCCUCCUUAUGCACCUUAUGCUCCUCCCCCUCCAGGAUCCACAAUGUACCCUCCUGUCCCGGGACAGCCAAUGCCGGUGUACGGUGUUCAAUACCCUCCAACUGUACAACCUGUUCCCUCUGGUGCUCCAACACAGCCAGUGACUUCUAGUGAAGCUCAGCAAAGCUACCCGCCAGGAGUGCAGUCUGAAAACAACACUUCUGCUCCACCCCCAUCAUCAAAUAUAUAUGGGAAUUCUGUAGCUGUUCAACCUGCAUAUGCUACUGCCUCAUUAGGUUACGCGUCUUAUUACAAUGCAGUUCCUCCUCCCCCUCCUGCACCAGUACCAACAACUGACCAUUCACAGAGCAUCAGCAAUGUGCCUUGGGCUCCAAAUCCACCUGUACCUCCUCCAGUUUCUUCUGCUUCCGAGAAGACAACCUAUGGUGCCGAUGCAGAGUAUGAGAAGUUCAUGGCAGAGAUGAAAUAACUUGAUCCUUUCCGUAGUAGUUCUUGGUUCAGAGGCCUGAUGUUUCUUGGAGCAACCUGAUUUCUUACCUCUUGCAAUGACUUUGUUGGAAGUUUGGGACUCACAUCUUUAACCUUGCUGUACUGUUAUGACAUUUGCAGAGAUUUGGGAAGUUCUGUUGACACGGCUGCAUAUUGGAGAAGCCGCUGAAACUUAUUAAUGUUAAUAUUUCUUAUUGUUUUGUAGGACAUAAUUUUGUCUCUUAUUGAUGCUUGUUGUCCCUUUAUAAUGUCUGGUCACUGAUUUUCUAUCCUUUUUAAGCUCAUUUAUGCUUCUGGAAGUUGCAACUGACGUGGUCAUUAUUAUAUUUUAUUUUCCUUGGAAUGUUUAACCAUUUGGGUUAUUUGCUCGUCAUGAUUUGCUCCUUAUCUUUUUUCUAUAAUUAAUACUUUGUUUAUUGGGAGGAUAACUGAGUUAUCCUGAUUGCCAUUUCUUCCCUGAAGUAUCCUUGGCUUGGUUUUGUCAUCGUAAGGUGAGUGUUCUCUAGAAUCCGAAGGUCUUUGUGGGUAUGUGGAAGCAGUUCUUGAUUUAUACCUAUAUCCUGCUGCUUCUUUUUUCUUUUUCUUUUUUUUUUUUACUCCUUUUGCUUAUAUUAUUAUUAUUAUUCUGAUGUAUCUUCCUAGUUUUUAUGUGGCAGGUGACAGAACUCAAAACAUAUAUUGGGUUUUGGAGUGCUCAUUUUAUCUCGUAACCUGGUUGAUGACUAUUUUUAUCUUUACAUUUCUAGUUUGAAAUUAAGUUUGCUGUGUCACCAAUGAAGUAUGCAUUUAAUUUAAUUGAUGUUAUAUUUUUAGAUAAGAAAUUGAUCCAACAAGCUGAGGAUAUACAUGUUUCAGGUUGAUGGGAUUAGAAAAAUGCUUUUAUGAUGGGGAAAAAUAGUCUUUGGAGCCUGCAAGACAUAUUAAUAAUUACUGAUACACACACACACACACACACACAUAGUGAUAUAGUUGAAAUGGUUGUUCUUAUGUUAGGGAUGAUAGAGAUACUUCAUGUGAUUUAAACUGUUUGGUUGAGCUAUCUUUGUGAGGUGAUUUAGAAAUUAUGAGCGAGAGAAGUUUGUUUAGAGAAAUGGUGAGGUAAUUUGGUAGAAUAUAGUCCAUAUUGGCUGUGUGGUUGUGGAACCUUGCCCCAUUCUGCAGGAAGCACAGGAUUUUAUCUUUGCAUUUUACUCUUUUAAGUUUCAUUAUCACAUCCUCUGUGCUAAUUGGCCUGCUUACUCUUUCCUCGUAAAUAUUCAUGUACUCUAUUAUUGCUGUUGGGUAAUUUUAUUUCUUCGAUAGAGUUGAUUUCUUAUGAACUAGAAUAUGGGAUGCUAAAAUCCUUUUCUUGUUGCUGAUUCUGAAUUGUUGAUGAAGAUUCUUCCUGUCUGGAUCAGCUGUACUGAAUAGGAUUUAUUUAAAACAUGCUGUUAGUUAUUUGGUUAAAGAUAUGGCAUAAAAAAUUAGGCAAUUCCUAUUUAGUGAUUUAUUAGUUAGCCAUUUUAUGCAGUACCUCAAUAAAUUUUUAGGGAUCAAGUGUUGAAGGUAUUGCGAUCAAUGUUCUUGAACUAUUACUAACAAGGUUGUACAUCUUCAUCUAGGUAUUUAAAUUAAGAUACUUCAAGAAUUUAUGUAGCAUCUUCUUAAACAUAAUUUUUCUCGUUGAUACGUCACAAUCCCUUUCAUUUUUUAGUUAUUUAUUUGGGAGUCAGGGUUGGGGUGGGUUAGGACGUUUGAUGAUGAGCAAUAAGAGCUGUUUCCUCUCUCCUUUUAAUGAUCUGUUUGUCUUCACCUUGCUAAUUCCAAUUAUCUUGUGCUUUGAUAGGUUGUUCAUAUCUAUGCGAAUAUAAAUAAGUUGGCCUUGUAUGCGGUUCAUUCACAUCUCAUGUUGCUUAAGGCAUCCAACUUAGCAUGUCAUUGUUUUCAUGCACAUAGGUUUUUCACAAAUUUACAGUUCAUCCAACUUAACAUAAUUUGUGUGCACUGGUUUUAACCAUGAUUUAGGGCUUUAUACCUGUAGGAUAUCAAUUUCUCACAAGGUUGAUUGAUCGUUUUAAGGCAUUUGUGAUAUAUUCUCAUCCAUCAGCUAACCUUACUAUGUGUAAGUUGAUCAGGAUUUAGUUUGAGAUGAAAGAGGUUUCCCCAGAAGGAAUCUGUUACCAUCACAAGCUGUGGACCCUGUCCAAGAAGAUAUUUGGCGUUCAGCUAUUAUUGUAGUGCUUCUUUAGCGCAACUGAUAGGUGUGAGGAGACUUAUUAUAUCCAUAGGCCAGAAAUUUCUGAUUUAGGGGGCUUCUUAGCUGGUCAAAUUGCUUGGCUUGCUGUAAACGGUUUUUUCUUUUGUUUAAUUGAUCAUUACUUUUGAGUAUCUUCCUCUCAUAUAACAUCGAAUGAUAACAUGUGGCCAUUACAUUUGAGUUGUAUUGAUUGCCCAUUGGAUUUAUGAUGUUUAUGAUGUUUGCAA